AUGGACCUAAGGUUCCAGAGCAAGAGCUGGGGGGAGCCUUCCAGUGCCCACCCCAAACCAGAGCCCUCCUGGGGGGAGCCUGCUCCCCCUCUGGUCAGCGUGGACAACGGGACCUCCGCCUGGGGGAAACCCACCGGGAGCCAUGGGGGCUGGGGUGUGGGUGACAACAGCCCUGAACCCUACCGACGGGGCAACCCACCCCUUGGAUCUGCACCUUGCAAACCAGCCCCCAAAUCUAUGCAAGACGGCUGGGGUGGCGGAGGUGGCGAGGACAUGGGUUUGUCUGGGGGCCAGUGGGACCCUGACGACGGGGACAUGUGGAGCAGCCAGGCCUCCCAGGAGAGCAACUCCUGGGGCAACAGACCCAGGAAGGCCCCACCCAAGGGGAAGAUUCCGGGCAAGCAGGAGGAAGCCUGGAUCAUGAAUCGCCUGAUCAAGCAGCUGACAGACAUGGGCUUCCCUAGAGAUCCAGCCGAGGAGGCUCUGAAGAGGAACAACAUGAACCUGGACCAGGCCAUGAGUGCUCUGUUGGAGAAGAAGACGGAGCUCGACAGGCGGGGGAUGGGCAUGUCCGACUACAACAACUGUCUGAUCAACAAGGGGCCAAUGGGCUGCCGGCCUCCCCUCCACUCCAAAGAGUCCUCCUCAGAUCGCUCCCCUUUCCUCGACAAGGACGGUGUUGGUAGCCUGGUGGAGGACGUCCAUACCUCCUCACCGUUUAUGCCUUGUUCCCCCGGCCCCCUCGGCCUGAAACUCCCCUCCCUGCCUCUAUCCAGCCAGGGCCUGGGCGGCCCACAGGGCCUAGCCAUGCAAAACUUGAACAACAGACAGAUGCAGAGUGGAAUGUUGGGCUGUAGCGGUGCAGCACAAGCCCGGGCCAUGCAGCAGCCUCCUCCUCAGCUGCCAGUGCCGCCUCUCGGCUCCUCCCAGCCUAGUCUACGCGCUCAAGUGCCUCAGUUUCUCUCCCCUCAGGUUCAAGCACAGCUCUUACAGUUUGCAGCAAAAAACAUUGGUCUGAAUCCUGCACUUUUAACCUCACCAAUAAACCCUCAACAUAUGACCCUUUUGAACCAACUAUACCAGCUGCAACUGGCGUACCAGCGUUUACAAAUUCAACAGCAGAUGUUGCAGGCGCAGCGUAAUGUUUCUGGUCCCAUCCGACAGCAGGAGCAGCACGUUGCACGUACAAUCAAUAACAUGCAGCAGCAGAUCCAACAGCACCAGAGACAGCUGGCCCAGGCCCUGCUGAUGAAACAGCAGCAGACCCUCGGCUCCCUCUCCUCCUCCGGCCUGCACCACGGCCAAGGCAAAUCAGCCCUGGACUUGUUCCCAGGCCACCCCCAGGCUCCGGGCCUACCCGACCUGCAGACCAAAGAGCAGCAGUCGUCCCCCAACUCCUACAGCCCCUACCCUCUCUCUGGACUGAAUCCUAACAUGAAUGUAACCUGCAUAGAGGUGGGAGGCCUGUCCAUGAAGGAGCUUCCCCAGCCCCAGUCUCGCCUCUCCCAGUGGACACACCCCAACUCCAUGGACAGCCUCUCUGGAGGCUCGUCCUCUCUGGAGCCCAACCUGAACAAGCACGGUUCCAGCCUGGGCCCUCCCGGGAAGCCCCCCCAAAUGGAGGAUGGGUACAGCCCCUACGGCAUGAUGCCUGUCUCCGAGACCCCCACCAACCCCCUGGUGCCCCCAGACAGCUGGAGCCAGGGCAAGAGCCCCAACGACAAGAUGGUCAACGGCGCCAACAUCACCUGGCCUCCAGAGUUCUGCCCAGGCGUGCCCUGGAAGGGCCUGCAGAACAUCGACCCGGAGAAUGACCCCAACAUGACCCCGGGGAGCGUGCCCAGCGGCCCCACCAUCAACACCAACAUCCAGGACGUCAACCGCUACCUGCAGAGAGACCGCAGCGGAGGUAAAUUGUCGGACAUGAAGUCCACCUGGUCCCCGGGGCCCAUCUCCCACCCCUCCCAGGUCUCUCUGUCCCAUGAGUUGUGGAAGGUCCCCCAGGGGCCCCGUAGUAACACAGCCGCCCCCACACGGCCCCCCCCGGGCCUCACCAACCCCACCAAGCACUCCUCCACCUGGGGAGGCAACUCCCUGGGCCUGGCCCAAGGCUGGAGCAGCUCCUACUCCUCAGCAGCUACCACAUGGAGUACAGACAGCUCCAACAGGACCAGUAGCUGGUUGGUCCUGAGGAACCUCACUCCCCAGAUAGACGGCUCCACCCUGCGGACGCUAUGCAUGCAGCACGGCCCCCUCAUCACAUUCCACCUCAACCUGACCCAGGGCAACGCAUUGGUGCGCUACAGCUCCAAGGAGGAGGCCGCCAAGGCCCAGAAGUCCCUGCACAUGUGCGUUCUGGGUAACACCACCAUCCUGGCAGAGUUUGCUGGGGAGGAAGAGGUCCAGCGCUUCUUUGCACAGGGCCAGCAGCUCGCCUCAACUUCCAGCUGGCAGGCUGACCCAGGUGUCAAUCAGACGCGGAUGGGUGGUUCCGGGCCCAGAUCCUCGCACCCCAUUGGCCACCCCCACUGGAACUCUGGCGGCAGCAGUGGCAGCAUGGGAGGAGGUGGAGCCAAGACGGGCGGAGAUCUGCUCUGGGGGGGCGUGCCCCAGUACUCCAGCCUAUGGGGACCGCCCAGCGGAGAGGAGGGGCGGGUCAUGGGGAGUCCUACUCCAAUCAACACGCUGCUGCCUGGGGACCUGCUGAGCGGGGAGUCCAUGUAGGACCACGUCACAGAGCUCCAUGCUAGAAAAAGGAGGAAUGGAAUACUACACAGUAAUACAUAUAUACAUGUAUACAAACAGAAGAGCAAAAACCAAGCAAAUCAUUGUGGUGAUAAUCAGUGUGGGUGGGAUGAUCGAGGGACAGACUUGAGGAGGACGAGGUGACUCUUCUGUGUCCACGCUGCUCACCCUCUUCCAAUUUUUCUGUUUGUUUAAAAAUAAACAUUUCAUUUUAGAUUUGUUUGGCGAGAGGCUCUGGUUACAGUGUUUUAAGUUUGGACUUUCGGAAAAGCACGAGUAUGCCUUUGACUCAACCAACAAAGGAAGAGAAACAUUUGAACUUUACUCUGAGAACUAUUUGUCAUGUGAAACGUGUUUUAGACUAACUGCUUCAAACAAUGAGCUGCCAUCUUCAAAACUCCCAUAAUCCCUUGCUGCAUGGCAGCAGUCAAUCCACACCUCAGAGAAACCAUAGAUACACGUCAUUCCCAAAGCCCAUCCCCUUCCUGUCGGGAAGGUUCCAGAACUUUCUACCAGUCCGGAAUUUCUCUUGUUUGUUUUUUCUCAGCACUAAUUUCUAGCCUUAACCUCCCCCCUGGCCUCGUUCCCCUCCUUUAUUCACUGAUUCUCAUUCACUCUGUACUUACUGAAGAAAACGUACUGAGAAUUGCACACUCAUUUCUGAGCCAGCGAAAACCGAGGGGAGAGGAUGUGCUUGUGAGAGACUGAGGCCACUGCAGCUCUCGACUGGAAUCCUCGGCGGUCACAAGCAUAUUAUUCAGUCCCCACCACUCUUAAAGGGAUUGAUGAUGCAAACGCAAAAGAUCUUCGCCUUGUUCAUUUUAAAGCCAUUUUUGUCAUGGAGGAGUUUUG